AGGCCAGGGCCUGCCGUGGCGAGAUGGCGGCGGCGGCGACGCAGGGGAUGGACCCGCUUCGCGUGGGCUUCGUGGGCGCGGGACGUAUGGCGGAGGCCAUCGCGCAGGGCUUCAUCCGAGCAGGAAAAGUAGAAGCUCAGCACAUCCUGGCCAGUGCACCAACUGACAGGAACCUUUGUCACUUCCAGGCUCUGGGCUGCCGGACCACCCACUGCAACCGGGAGGUUCUGCAAAGCUGCUUGCUGGUCUUCUUCGCUACCAAGCCUCAUGUCCUGCCCGCUGUCCUGGCCGAGGUGGCCCCUGUGGUAACCGCUAAGCACAUCUUGGUGUCUGUGGCUGCCGGGGUCUCUCUGAGCACCCUGGAAGAGCUGCUGCCCCCGACUGCACGGGUGCUGCGGGUCUCACCCAACCUGCCCUGCAUGGUUCAGGAGGGGGCCGUGGUGAUGGCACGGGGCCGCCACGCCGGAAGCAGCGAGGCUAAGCUCCUGCAGACCCUGCUGGAGGCCUGUGGGCAGUGCGAGGAGGUGCCUGAGGCCCACGUGGACAUCCACACCGGCCUCAGUGGCAGCGGCGUGGCCUUCGUGUGUGCCUUCUCUGAGGCCCUGGCCGAAGGUGCCAUCAAGAUGGGCAUGCCAGGUGGCCUAGCCCACCGCAUUGUGGCUCAGACCCUGUUGGGAACAGCUAAGAUGUUGCAGCAGAAGGGGCAGCACCCAGCUCAGCUGCGGACAGACGUGUGCACACCGGGCGGCACCACCAUCUACGGGCUCCACGCCCUGGAGCAGGGUGGGCUUCGGGCCGCCGCCAUGAGUGCCGUAGAGGCUGCCACCUCCCGGGCCAGGGAGCUCAGCGGGAAGUAGGGAACGGGCACGGGCUGUGGGCUGCCCCAAGUCCCUCCUUCCUUGCUCCUUCCCCAGGACUGCAGCUCCCCCACCAUGCAGGAGCCUCCUGGCUGCCCCCCGACCUCCACAGGAGGAAAUGAGAAGGGACAGGACUGAAGGGUUUCACAGGCAGGGGAUCCCCUCACCAUGGGAACCUCCCCCCCACCCACC